GAUGCUUACAUUAGAGUGGGGAUAAUCUGUACCUUUGUCGAACGAGGGUGAUUUCUUUGUAAAUAUUGCCCCUUCAGUGAAAAUAUAAUCUUUAGGGUUUCUUCAGCUUCGUGCUAGUUGAGUUUUGGUAAAAAUAGGUAUUUUUGAUAGAAUGUAAAGCUCUAAUAUCAUGUUGUAUUCAAUUGUAUCUUGUUGUUGCCUUUGCUAUUUUAGAAUCGUGAAAUUUCUUCAUGAAAUAGCGUGUUGGUAAAUGCUGAUUGCAAGCCGUGACCUGUUCUACUGGCCUUUUAAUCAAGCACCUGACAUUCGUCUUGAGCUAUUAGCAGUAAUACAUGUAUGUUCACCUGUAUAGUGGCCUCAAAGCAGCUCCUGUCAGAUUUGCUAGACCUUUGAAUUUAACAUGCAUAUGUUUCGGACUGGAAAAGAUGUCUUCUUCCCGCCAACUAGAAAUGGUUUUCAGGAGAUUAAUUAUUUGAAGUCAAAAUCUUCUGAAAUACACAGGCAUUGAAUUGCACAAAAUUAAGGGAAGGCUGAUAUUUUCUUGCAAAUGACGUAGAAAUUGCUCUCUUGAGUGGUGAACUAGCAAAGGUUAGUAUUACUUGCUAGAUUUUAUGUUGAUGUGAAUGCCAGAAGAUAAUGAUAAAGUCAGUAGAACUAAAGAUCAAAAAAAAAUUUGCCUUACAAUGAUGGUUAAGUUGAGCUAACAGUAAAAUAUCGUGUAAAUGCAUAUAUAUGAGACAUGUCAGAUGCAAUAUAUCAUGUACUUAGUUGAAUUACCUAAACCAUGAAGGACCCAAGUGAUAGCUCACUUGCUGCUUUCAAAGGAUCAACCAAAUUGGAACCUCAUUCCGUCCAGAAAGGACCUACACAGAAAUAAUAUGGGUCAGUCGAAGAAGCGUAUGAUAGGUAAAAUGUUGUUGCCGCUCUGCAAAGAGACCAAACAAGGAAAGGUACAAGCUUAGAACUUUGUUAGCACAGAAGGGUCCUAAUCUUUUUUAAUUACCUUUAUUGUGCUUUUAAUUAAGGUGUGCUAUAUUUACUUGUGGCCUCUCUAUCUAUUCUGUUCUUCAUACAUACAAAUUUGUGGUGAGAAUCUAUCCAAAUAACUAUAAUUAAUUUAACUAAAUAUAUUACUUUUAUAAAACUUAAUGAUGAUAAAAGAUCAAUGUGGCUGACCUUAAAGCAUUAUGACUUAUUGUUGUUGUCAAUUUGCGCAAAUAUCAUUGCACUUUCUAGCGACAAAGUUGAGGGUCAAAUUUAAUGCAGAAGUUAUUUGGUUGUCAAGAAAUUUAGCAUUUUGGUUUUCCUUUCCAACAUCUAAUAUUUCAUAGUGGUAACACUGUCAUAAGUUUUCUAAGUAUUUGAGAAAAAAUAAAUACCUUUAGUAUGUUAAAGGGAUACUUAUUAGAUAAAUCUUUGGGAAACCUUUUUUUUUUAUACUUGAAGUUGAUCUAAUAUGGACUGUGUAUAUUUCAUUGUUAGAUAUGUUAAUUUGUGACAUUUGUAUUGAGCAUCAGCUGAAAAAGAAAAAGGCUCAGUGGGAUGUGACUGAGGAAAUGCACUGGAGAUAUGUGGUGACAUUCACGGGCAGUUCUAUGACAUGAAAGAAUUAUUUAAGGUUGGCGGAGAAUGUCCAAAGACCAAUUACUUGUUUUUAGGUGAUUUUGUUGAUCGUGGGUUUUAUUCAGUUGAAACCUUCCUGCUGCUGCUUGCGUUGAAGGUGAGGUAUCCAGACCGCAUAACACUUAUUCGAGGAAACCAUGAAAGCCGGCAGAUUACACAGGUAUAUGGAUUCUACGAUGAGUGCCUCCGUAAGUAUGGAUCAGUAAACGUAUGGCGAUAUUGCACGGAUAUUUUUGACUACUUAAGUCUGUCAGCACUUAUUGAAAACAAAAUCUUUAGUGUCCAUGGAGGUCUUUCUCCUGCUAUAACAACUUUAGACCAGAUCCGAACAAUAGAUCGUAAGCAAGAGGUUCCUCAUGAUGGAGGCAUGUGUGAUCUUCUAUGGUCAGAUCCAGAAGAUGCUGUUGAUGGCUGGGGUAUAAGUCCCAGGGGUGCAGGCUAUUUGUUCGGAGGGAAUGUUGUUAUGUCCUUUAAUCAUUCAAAUAAUAUCGAUUACAUAUGUCGUGCACAUCAGUUGGUUAUGGAAGGAUACAAAUGGAUGUUUAACAACCAGAUUAUAACUGUCUGGUCUGCUCCUAAUUACUGUUACAGGUGUGGUAAUGUGGCAGCUAUACUUCAGCUGGAUGAGGGCCUGAAUAAGCAGUUCCAAGUAUUUGAAGCUGCACCACAUGAAUCAAGAGGGAUUCCUUCCAAAAAGCCACCUCCAGAUUACUUCCUCUGAGAGCAAGCUUGAGACCUUUACUUCUGCCUCUGUUUAAAGUCGCAGCAAACUCAUCAGAUUUUUUUCCCCAUGCUGAGGUGGGCUUACUCUGUUAGUUUGGUAAGUCCCAUAGUCCCACAUCGGGAAAACCAGACUUGUCCGUGGAUAUAGGUCAAGGUUAAUUGACCGAAUCACGUAAAUCUGAUGUUCUUGUGCUUUUUUUCUUUCCGCUUUAUUAUCUUUUGGUAAAUUUCCUGGGGCUAGCUUUAACAUACUCUGUCUGGUCCUUGUUGCAAUGUACAUGACGAGGGUCAGGUUAGUACAUUUGUAGUUACAAAUGUACACAACUAUACAAACAUUUUUGCACUACCUACACAAAAUGUGAAGGAAUAAAUGGGAAUUCUUUGGGACGA